AUGAACAGAGCAGAGAACUUGGAAGAUGUAGAGGAGGGCGAAUGCUCUCCAAACUCAGAAGAAUGCGAAGAAGUGCCUCCGACAAAGAAAAGACGCACGACUCCCAAGGACUCAUAUAUCCAAACAACUUCGGUGGUCGCAGAAGAAGAAGUUUACGUUGGGAAGGCGGAAGACGAGGAAGAUGUUUCUUCGACUCUGAAUAGUUCCUGGGCUUCGAAGAUAGCCAGUCAGCUGCUCUGCAACUUGGAAAGCGAGGUCGUCACGCCAACGAAACAGACGAAACCCCGUUCGACGUGCUUCAACUGCGGCGGCGAGCACGUACUGUCUGAUUGCAAGGAAGAAAAAGACUUUGCGAAAAUACGCAAGGCGCAGCAAGAGUUCCGCACUCGCCAGCAGCAACCGAAUCGCGCCCGUUACCACGAUUCGGACGAGAGUUCCCGCUUCCGACCUGGCCGCAUAAGCAACGACUUGCGCGAGGCUUUGGGGAUCAGCGUCGAUGAUAUUCCUGAGUACAUCUACCGUAUGCGGCGUAUGGGUUUCGUCAAUGGCUACCCGCCCGGCUAUCUGAAACACGCCAUCGUCAAAGAUGACUCCGACAAACUUCUCACGUUUCACCUCGUUGAUGAUACCAAAUCUCGCGACUCUACGGACCUCUCUGAGUCCUCCCGACCAACUCUUGACGACCGCAAACUUCACUUUUACAUGGGUUUCAACAACUCCUAUAGAGCUUUGCGAGAUCGAGAACGCAACUACAAGAUCCCGCCGUUUGCCACGUAUUGCGACUUCUUGAGAGAGUCUCUUGCGCGCAAGUAUGACGAAGAAAAAAGUCGCAGUACGAAAAGCCGUCGAAAUAAACACCAAAAGAGCCCCGAAGUGAUAACGCUGGUAGAAGAAGUCGAGGAUGAUGUCAUCAUUGUGGAUCGUGAGAAGAGCGACGUCGAUGAUCGGACCACGCCUAACCUCGUUGAUCAAAGCUGUGGGGAUGUCGCACGCACGCCUAUUUUAUCAUUGGAGAAAGAGACAAGAGAAAUGGUAAAAAUUUGCGAAAACGAGCCAAGACUUUUCGCGCAGCAGAGCUUUCCAUAAUGUGGUUUCUAUUUUCAUAUUUUUAAGGGUUUUGUUUUCUAGUUCAUUUUCGAAUUUCAAUGACACUCACCUGUAAAAAGUGUAAAUUUCUUCUUUUUUUUUUUGAAGUUUUUUUUAAAGCCAGAAGGUCCUUGGUUUCAAAUUUCUGAACGAUGAAUGCAAAACUUCAAGUUGUGCGGAAAACUCUGUUGCGCCGGAUUAGGAUAAAACAAUAAUUUUCUUAACAUUUGUAGAUGGAAAAAUCCUUUCAGGGAGAUUCAAUCAAGAUGGAGCUUGGAACUCCCGUCCUUUCUACAAGACGAAGCCAUGCGGACGGUCCGAAGAGUGCUAGACUAUCGGAAGGAUCUUGGCACGGAAGCAAAAUGCCUGGCAUCGAGAAGUUUUCCGUAGGAAUCGUUCCGUUCUCGGCCCAAGAAGACGACAGCCAGCCGCGCGGCAUCUUCAAGAAGAUCAUGGACACCAUCAAGAACGUGGUCGGGGGAGACUCUUCCAAAUGAAAAGUCCCCUCGGACCACUCUUGUGAACGCUUACACUUCUCUGCACUAUGUAUUUUAUUCAUUAUUUCCAGCCCUCAGGGGUGUGACGAUUUUUAAACAAUUAAUCUAAAUUUAAAUUCUUAAAAUACUUAUCGUCCCGUCCUCUUCAUUAUUUUAUUGUGAUUGAUGCAGAAGCUAUCAAAAAUCGAAUCAUUCAAAAUACUCGAACAUUAUAAAAACCCAAUCAUAUCUCUUGCUUUUACUAUUCGAGCAGUUUGAGUGUAGAAAACUUGUUAUAUCAAAGCUGAAUUUCUUAGGAAAGUGUUCUUUAAGCUUCCAAAACAGGCAAUCUUUUUCAUAUUCAGUUUUUGAGGUUCUCAUUUGACGGCGAUUAUUAUGAAGAUCUCUGAACUUCGGUGAUUCACCUUCUUAACAAAAUAGAUAAUUCUAUUUAUUUUCAGUUUCUCAUUUUUUGCAAGUUUAAUCACCUUCAUUUUAAUUUCUCGCUUCACCGUUUUAUAUAUUUCUAAAUUUUUUUCUAAUCGACGUUUUGCUUCUCAAUAUUUCAUUGAAUCGUUUUAAUGUUUGUUUUUCUUUAGAGUUUUUUGGUUUUGAAUAAAUGUCCGAUUGCAGAUAAUAUCGAAAGAAUGAGCGCAACUGGAAAAUCUUUCGUCGACGGUCUCCUUCAGAAGUUCAAAGUAGUCGUUUUCAGCAAAACCUACUGUCCAUACUGCCACAAGGUGACUCAGUUGCUACAAGAAUUCUUCUUACGGAAGAAGAUGAUGAUUUUCUGCUAGAGUAUUCAUAUUUAGUCUAUUGAUACGAUCUUUUCAGGCGCGCGCAGCUCUCGACGGACAAAAUAUCAAGCCGGAAGCGAUGGAAUGGGUUGAACUGGACAAAAGGAAAGACGGUGAAGAAAUCCAGGAUUACCUAAAGGUUCUUUUAUUUACGAAACAUACCAAAAUGGUUAGAACUCAGAAUUAUAUAAUCAGUGCAAUGUUUUCUUUGCAUGUAGCUCAUUCCUCGCCACCUUGUCACGUUUUUCUUUCCGCCAAAAGUAACGUAUACCAAAUUUGAUCAAAAUUGAGCAUCUUCGCUUCAAGACCGUUAUUUUUUAACGCAUUAUAUAUACCCUGAAAUAUAUAGUGCUCCGCGCGAGAUGGUCACGUUUAAUGUACAGAAGAAAGAAACGGUUUUUUUUGGCUCUACAACUCUGAAAAAAACAGCAAAAAAAGCGUUGAAUAGAUGUCACAGCAUUUUUGGUGAAAAAAACCGCAAGCUUUUGCAAAAACUUUGAAAAUUUUCAGGAGUUGACGGGUGCGCGAUCUGUUCCCCGCGUUUUCAUCGGUGGAAAGUUCUUCGGAGGCGGUGACGACACUGCCGCUGCUGCCAACAAUGGCAAACUCGAGAAGCUUCUCCGAGAAGCUCAGGCUCUGUGA